UGCUUCAAGUAGGUAGAAGAGAGCCGGAAAGAGGGAGGGUUAAGGCUCGGGCCCGGCAGCCGGAGGGAGUCGCAGAUCAGCUGCUACUGUCUCCGCCGUCGCUGCCCGGACCCUCCAGGGGGGGAGAGAUGGCUGAAAUCAGUGACCUUGACCGUCAGAUUGAACAACUGCGGCGCUGUGAACUCAUCAAAGAGAGUGAGGUUAAAGCCCUCUGUGCAAAGGCCAGAGAGAUCUUGGUGGAAGAAAGUAAUGUCCAGAGAGUAGAUUCCCCAGUAACAGUUUGUGGGGACAUCCAUGGCCAGUUUUAUGACCUGAAAGAGCUUUUCAGAGUGGGUGGAGAUGUACCUGAGACCAACUAUCUUUUCAUGGGAGACUUUGUUGAUCGAGGCUUCUACAGUGUUGAAACAUUCUUGCUGCUGCUGGCACUCAAAGUUCGCUACCCGGACAGAAUCACCCUUAUCCGUGGCAAUCACGAAAGCAGGCAGAUCACCCAGGUAUAUGGGUUUUAUGAUGAGUGCUUGAGAAAAUAUGGCUCUGUCACCGUGUGGCGUUACUGCACUGAGAUUUUUGACUACCUCAGCCUCUCUGCUAUUAUUGACGGCAAGAUUUUCUGUGUCCAUGGUGGCUUAUCCCCAUCCAUCCAGACGUUGGACCAGAUCCGAACAAUAGAUCGCAAACAAGAGGUCCCUCAUGAUGGCCCCAUGUGUGAUCUUCUAUGGUCUGACCCUGAAGACACUACAGGCUGGGGGGUCAGUCCUCGAGGUGCUGGUUAUUUAUUUGGCAGCGACGUGGUGGCACAGUUCAACGCAGCAAAUGAUAUUGACAUGAUUUGCCGGGCACAUCAGCUUGUCAUGGAGGGAUACAAAUGGCAUUUCAAUGAGACAGUUCUUACAGUGUGGUCAGCCCCCAACUAUUGCUACCGUUGUGGGAAUGUUGCAGCCAUCUUGGAACUGGAUGAACACCUUCAAAAGGAAUUUAUCAUCUUUGAAGCAGCCCCUCAAGAAACCCGAGGCAUCCCAUCUAAGAAGCCUGUUGCAGACUACUUCCUGUGAAUGCUGCUCCCCCCUCUUCCCCCUUGUGCAGCUUCUGUUUCCUAUUCUGGAUGGAGUGGUCAGCUUCUCUUUUAGCCUUUGGCAGGGGUUCAGCUCUCUUCUUUCCUUCUCUCCCUUACCCUGGCCCUUGCCCAAUAAAUUCUCAGUUCUGGAUCCCUUAGACUGGAUUAGCCAUCUUUUCCCAACAUUGCUGAUUCCUGGGCAAUCCCUAGGAUUGCCAUAAUUGGUAUGUCCUUU